AUGGAGCAGGUUUUGGACGUCCUCGUCUUGGAUGAGGGCGCCUCAGAGUUUGAUGGUCAGUCCCUUGCGGGUCCCAUCUCACCUCAAGCCAUUGACUCUCAUUGUCAUCUGGAUCGUCUCCAACUUAGACAGUUUGGCAAGUACCUAGAAAGUAGGUCUUUGGAGGACACCCUAAAGCCAGGACCCCAGCAACAUCCAGAUCGACCAUUUCAGUUGGUUAGUGUGGUGUCCGUACAUUGUGACCCGGGCACAUAUCCAAAGGUCACAGGCCAGGACACAAGGAUCCACCACGCUAUUGGUCUGCAUCCUAAGAAGGCAGACCAAUUUAACCAGGCUAUCAAGGAGAAGAUCUGCCACCUCCUGAAACAGCCUCAAGUCGUCGCCCUAGGGGAGAUCGGUAUCGACCAGUCCACCCCUCCAGCCUCCUGGGUGCGACAGAGGGAGGUGUUCCAAAGCCUGCUUAAACUCAAGCCAUCAGGCCUACCGGUGAUAGUCCAUUGCCGUGGCAACGCAAUGGACGAAAAGAAGAAUUUUGGUGCUGUGGCCCAUUGCCUUGCUAUAGGCAUCCUAGAUAGGCACUGCCAGGAAUCCAAAGCAGAUAGUGUAUCAGUCAUGGCCAUUCAUGUCCAUUGCUUUGGGGGAGAUUACCAGGUUCUAGAGGCCUGGUUGGUCAAAUUCCCCAGGGCCUACUUUGGAUUUUCUGGAAUGGUGGCGAGAUUCACAUCUCAACAAAAGAGAGCUGUAAGGAGGGUACCAGAAGAUAGGCUACUCCUAGAGACAGAUGCACCCUACCUGUCUCCGAGAAAUAACAGGAUCAGCACCCCCAAUGAUAUAGGCGAGGUGGCCUACUUGGUAUCAAGGAUCCGUGGGACAACAGUGGAAUCGGUUCUCGCCACCACCACAGCCAACAGCCAAGCCCUGUACCACUUCUAG